UCGCUCGAGCCACGCAAGCGGCGCCGCUUCCCUUCGCCUUUGUCCUCGUCGUCUGGCACCGCACACUUCUCUUCCCACCACCACCCACCCUACUCCAGCAUGUCAACGCUGCACCAACCGGCGCAUUUCCUCCCGCUGGACGACUACGCCUCCUCCACCAGUGCCGCACAGGUGCCGGUAGAGCGCGAGCUCGCCUCACUCGGCGCCGCCUAUCGCGCGUCGUCGUCGUCGGCGCCCGGCGCCGCUCCCGAGCUGCAGCGCGCUGCGCAUCUCGCCUUUCUCGCGCGUGCCCUGCAUCCGCUGCCCGCCUCGCACGUCGCCUUCGACAGCACGCGUCCCUGGCUCGUCUACUGGGCCGCGCACGCCUCCUACCUGCUCGCCGCGCCGCUGCACGCGCGCCUGCAGGCUCGCGCCGCAGAGACGCUGCUCAAGUGCCAGGCCACACUGGGCGGCUUCGGCGGCGCACAUGGACAGACGGGUCACUUGAUGGCCACCUACGCCGCCGUCAUGGCCUUUGCGUACGUCGGCGACAGGCACAGCUGGGAGGCGAUUGACCGGCCGGCGAUGUACGCCUUUCUCCUCUCCCUCAAGCUCCCCGACGGCUCCUUCACCGUGCACGUCGGCGGCGAAGUCGACGUGCGCGCGACGUACUGCGUCGUCUGUGUCUCGCUGCUGCUCGGCAUUGCCACGCCGCACCUGCUCGAGGGAUGCGACGAGUUCAUCGCUUCGUGCCAGACGUAUGAAGGAGGCCUGUGUGCGGCCAGUCAACCCAGCUACUCGGCGCACGCCACGCUGGAUCGUUCAGCGCCGCGUCCCGCGCUCGGCGAAGCACACGGCGGCUACACCUUCUGUGCCGUCGCCUCGCACCUGGCUCUCUCUUUGCUUCCUCUUCCUCCCUGCUCCUCCUCGGCGCCUCAGCUCGACGAGGCGGCGCUGCUGCGCUGGGCCACGUCGCAACAGGGCGCCGCGAGCGAACUGGGCGGCUUCAGGGGCCGCACGAACAAGCUCGUCGACGGCUGCUAUGGCUGGUUCGCCGGCGCAGGCAUGUUUGCCUGCCUGCAGGCACUGCUGCAGAGACGAGCGGCAUGGUGGAAGUCAGAGGAAGAGGAGGAGGAGAAGGCGCAGAGUGCAGCAGAGGACGAGGAAUGGAUCGACGAUCCACUCUCCUUCUCUCCCUCCGACGCCUUUCUCUUCGACCGCCUCGCCCUGCAAGAAUACGUCCUCCUGGCCGCGCAGGAUGCCUCGGGCGGCGGCGGAGGAGGCGGCCUGCGCGACAAGCCCGGAGCGCGCUGCGACGCCUAUCAUACGUGCUACAAUCUGUCCGGCAUGUCGCUGGCGCAGCACCGCCUGCGCGUCGACGCCGCGAGUCGCCGCGCGCUCGAGGACAUGUGGAAGUCGCAGCAGCAGCAGCAGCAAGGCGACGAGGAGGCUGAGGAGGAGGAGGCCGACGCAUGGCGCAAGGCAUGCUACGUCUCCUGUCUCGCCUGGAGCGCCGAAGCCGCGCACAAGGCCGUCGUGGGCGAGGCGGAGCGCAACGAGCUGGUGCCCACGCAUCCGGUCUUCAACGUGGCGUUUCCCAAGCUCAAGGAGAUGCUCGAUUGGGCGUAUGGGCAGGCGUGAGAGGCGCGCGCGCAAAGAGGGGCCGCACACGUACGACGAGGGCGCAACUUUCACGCGCGCGACAUACUACGCCGAACGCCCCCUUCUUGUCCCCUUCCUCCUCAUUCUCCUGCCGUGUCCGCCUGCGCGUUGCUCGCAGAGAAGCCAAGCUUCACGGCUUUUACGCCCUCCGGGGCGCUGUAUAAUACCACAACCUCUCCUCUCGGCUCUCUCUCCCUCUCUCUCUCCGCUCGCACCGAUGCAUGUGGCCUGCUGGUGCUGGUAUGCUCGCAUUCGCAAGACUGGACGCAGCCCCCAAGGGGUGCCGUUGCGGCCGUGCGCGUGGGCGCGCACACUCAUCUUCGCCCUGCCCGC